CUUGACAAGACUACAGCAUCACCGCCCGUCUGAAGCAGCUGUGAGCAAAGUCAGCGCAUCCAAGACACGCUGUCAAAUCAAGCACAGCUAACAAGAAGACUCAGUUUGUCGCCUUGUGCCGCCAUUAGCUCCAGUUAACAUUUAUUCUUUAUCGUCGUGUCGCUACUGCAUCUAAUUUAGCGCACAAUGGCGGACCCUAAAUACGCCAAUUUGCCAGGAAUUGCAUUUAACGAACCGGAUGUGUACGAGACAGGUGACCUACCGGAAGACGACCAAGCCCAGUUUGAGUCGGAGGAGCUGUGCAGUGACAGCGUGGAGAGGAUCGUGGUCAACCCUAACGCUGCUUAUGACAAAUUCAAAGACAAGCAUGUCAGCACCAAGGGACUGGACUUCUCAGACAGAAUCAGUAAAAGCAGAAGAGUGGGCUAUGAGUCUGGAACAUUUGAAAUUCUAGGAGAGGGCUGUGGUGUCAAGGAGACUCCCCAACAGAAGUACCAGCGUUUAGUAAACGAGAUCCAGGAACUCUGUCAACAAGUGGACACAAUCCAGACUGCCACAAAAGAAAGCAAUGCAGAGGAGCGCCUGACCCCUGUGGUGCUUGCCCAGCAUGCGGCCCAGCUCAAACAGCAGCUGGUCUCUGCUCACCUGGAUUCACUGCUUGGACCCCAAGCGCACAUCAACCUGUCUGAUCCAGAUGGAGCACUGGCCAGACGUCUGCUUACACAGUUGGAGGCGGCAAAGAGCAGCCGCAGCUGCUCCGUAGGAGACGGCAAGAUGCCGCCAUCAGCUAAGGGCCCUGAUGGUGUGGUUCUGUACGAGCUGCACAGCAGACCCGAACAAGAGAAGUUUAACGAGUCUGCCAAGAUGGCAGAACUGGAAAAGCGUCUUGCAGAGCUGGAGGGGGCGGUGGGCUCAGGAUCUGACAAGCAGGGACCUCUGAGUGCUGGUAUGCAAGGAGCCAGUUUGAUGGAUACAUUAGAACUUCUGCAAGCGAGAGUCAGUGCGCUGGACUCAGCUACUUUAGAUCAAGUGGAAGCCAGGCUGCAGAGUGUCCUCGGAAAGAUGAACGAGAUUGCCAAACACAAAACAGCUAUUGAAGAUGCUGAGACACAAAACAAGUUGUCGCAGCUUUAUGACGCCGUGCAGAAGUGGGAGACCAUGUCCACCUCUGUGCCUCAGGUGGUCCAUAGGCUCGUUGCAGUCAAGGAGCUGCACGAACAAGCUAUGCAGUUUGGCCAGCUGCUGACACAUCUGGACACCACUCAGCAGACAAUCAACAACUCUGUGAAGGACAACAACACCCUGCUGACUCAGGUCCAGCAGACCAUGAAGGACAACCUGGUGGCCAUCGAAGAGAACUUUGCAGCACUGAAUGAGAGGAUGAAAAAAGUGUCUGUGUAAAAAGAUGGACAGGACAAAUAAAGAGAAGAGUAAGCUGGACAGUCACGGACUGACUUCUUUUCUGCAUUCUUCACUAAGAAUAAAAGCAUUUUCCUUUCAAUUCUACAGAAGUUUAAAACAAUUGCGAUAUGUUUCCUCUGGAUUCAUACUUUAGUCUUAUUAAUAAGCUUCCUGUAAUGAUGGAUGGAUUCUGUAAGGCUGAAAAUACAGAAUGAUAAAUGUAAAUAUAACUUGACCUUAUGUUUGCUCACUUGUAUUUAUAUUAUGUUGAAUAUCAACCUGCUUCCUCAUUGCCUACACCCCAACUGCUAGAUGAUCAAUAAAUCUGAUGAACACAA